UGGUGUCAGACACGAUUGGUUGAGCUGCCUGCCACUCACGCCAAUCCGGGGCGGGGGGCGGGGCUUGGUGCCCCGUGCCUCACGAGGGCACAGAACGAGCCCAGAGCGGGUCUGCACAGCUGCGCGCGCUGUCCGCGGUGAUGGGAGCCAGCGGAGCGCGCUCCGUUUCUCCGGCAUGUGCGUGAGCUUCCCCCCGCGUGCCGUGUGAGCACAGUUGGAGCGCGAGCGCUGUUCGCGGUGCUGAAAGCAUCCAGAGGCGCGAGGACAGCAGCGCGAGGCUCUGACCGGCAUGAGGAGGAGGACGCUGUCCGCGGCGGGCUGCCUGCUCGCGUGGAGGGUAGUGCUGCUGCUCAGUGACAGCGUGGCUCAGUGUAAGGAGCUGGACCAUGCUGCGAGGACACGCCAGGUCCCGAUGUCUCCCUCUGACUUCCUGGACAAACUGAUGGGGAGGACUUCUGGCUACGACGCCCGGAUCAGACCGAACUUCAAAGGUCCUCCCGUCAACGUUUCCUGUAACAUUUUCAUCAACAGCUUUGGCUCCAUUGCUGAGACGACCAUGGACUACCGAGUGAACAUCUUCCUCCGUCAGCAGUGGAAUGAUCCCAGGCUGGCGUAUUCCGAAUACCCCGAUGACUCUCUGGACCUGGAUCCCUCUAUGUUAGACUCCAUAUGGAAACCAGAUCUGUUCUUCGCCAACGAGAAGGGAGCCCACUUCCACGAAGUCACCACAGACAACAAACUGCUCAGGAUAUUUAAGAAUGGCAACGUGUUGUACUCUAUAAGGCUAACGUUAACUCUGUCGUGUCCCAUGGAUCUAAAAAACUUCCCGAUGGAUGUUCAGACGUGCAUCAUGCAGCUGGAGAGCUUCGGUUACACCAUGAACGACCUGAUCUUUGAGUGGCAGGAGAACGGACCUGUUCAAGUGGCCGAGGGCCUCACGCUCCCACAGUUCAUCCUCAAAGAUGAAUCAGACCUCCGAUACUGCACCAAGCACUACAACACAGGAAAAUUCACCUGCAUCGAGGUGCGCUUCCACCUGGAGCGUCAGAUGGGCUACUACCUGAUCCAGAUGUACAUCCCCUCCCUGCUCAUCGUCAUCCUGUCCUGGGUCUCCUUCUGGAUCAACAUGGACGCCGCACCGGCCCGCGUGGCCCUGGGCAUCACCACCGUCCUCACCAUGACGACGCAGAGCUCAGGCUCCAGGACCUCACUGCCUAAGGUCUCUUAUGUGAAGGCCAUCGAUAUCUGGAUGGCCGUGUGUCUCCUCUUCGUCUUCUCUGCGCUGCUGGAGUACGCCGCCGUUAACUUUGUGUCGAGGCAACACAAAGAGCUGCUGCGCUUCAGACGGCACAACAAGAAUAAGAGCAAGAUCAGUGGAGGUGCAGUUGAUCCAGAGGAGCUAGCCGAGUCCCUUCGUCGUAUUAACACUGACAACGGCCUCAAAGCGGCAGACCCUCUGUACGGAUCUAUGACCAACAUCUACACCAGCAACCACAGGGAAGGGGGGGCACAUGAGAGCAGGCUGACCUCUGCUGCCGCCGUGACCUCCACCCCGAGCAACAGCAAGGAGUCGAAGGCCAGCGCCAACAACGCCGUGAGUGCACUGAACACGCCGGGAGCCACGGCACAGAACGCUACCCAGAAUGCACCUGCAGCAGCCAGUGGGGGUAAAAGCACGGAGGAGAUGAGGAAGCUGUUCAUCGACCGAGCCAAAAAGAUUGACACUGUGUCGAGGGCCGGCUUCCCCCUGGCCUUCCUCUUCUUCAACAUAUUCUACUGGGUCCUGUACAAGAUACUGCGGCACGAAGACGUGCAUAAGCAGUAGAGACAAGGAACGAGAGGUUAUUCAGACACAGGCGCACGAACAUCUGCAUUUCCUUUUCCAUGAACCCCCGAGAGCCAAUCAGGAUGAUCUUUGUUAUGAAGGUGUAAGGAUGGAUAAACUGGAUCUCUGCCUGAAAACCACAGAAAACUUUUACAAAGGUUCAUGUAGUUAAAAUUAAUUUUCUGAUAGUCUUUGAUACCAAUUCUGUGAUGUUGAAAUGAAAAAUGUUGUUGAAGAGUGCAUGGCAGACGGGAUGGAGUAGCAGAGAGGGCUCCACAUGCCAGGAUUACAUCCUCCAUGUGGAAUUCAUUCUUUUCCAGUCUAAUAAUAUUUUAGUGGUGGAAAAUCUGACCUGCCAAAGAGAAAGUGGGGGAUUUCACUCUUUUCUGUCUCUGUUGACUGAAACCAGCUCGAUCAAUAGCGUGAAGGAUACUGUGCCUCACGGCCAGCUGAGCUGAACGUCUCAACCACACGGUAACGUAAGUGCGAGAAACUGCAGUUCCUCUAAUGGCCACUAGAGGGCAGCUCCAAAAGUGAGUCAGUGCCUGUGGACUCGUAGACAAAAGGAGAAACUGGCAUGUUUACAGAAAACAUCCGUUCUGGUCUCUGUGGCUGACUUCAGUCUUUGCAACAACUCUAUCCAUUUAAACUGUAUUAAGGCUUUGCAUUAUGAGGGCGUGGCCUCGUGAUAAACAGGUGGGUGGAGACACAGGCGGUGUAUCAGUCAGCACAGUGGUCAUGAGUUUGAAGCACAGCCUCCAGCUUCAGUUCCAGUUCUGCUGUUUUGUGUGUAACAGGUGUGAGGAUUAGAUUUCUCUGAGAGGCCCAGACACCGAUGCAGUCACAGCGAUCACAGGUCUGCUGUCAGCUGAACACAACAUUAAACUUCUGGAAGCUUAAAAGUAUUUAGAAAAAUAACCAGUAAAAAGACGAUGAAGACUUGGAGUGAUUUAAAGCAAAGUGCGUAGAUAUCCUGUGUGCUGGCCUGUGGACGUAUCUCAUCAGCAUACUAAUGUAAAAGUCUGAAAAAGCCGGAUUCCCAAAUUGAAAUGCAGCAGGCGGCGUGCAGCUGAGCUCUGGCUCCGGGUGGAGAAGUGGAGCUUAGAUCUGUCUGUCUCUGCUCCAGUUAAAACCUCCGUCUCUCCACCGCAGUCUGAAGUCUGAGAAGUGUGAGCUCGUCUGUCUGAUCCUCUGAAACCAAUGCUGGUUCAGACAAAGACUGUAUAUAAAAGAUAGACAAAGCCACUGUACCAUAAACCCCUUAGUUUGUGAAGUCCUGAGUUUUCUAUGAUUUUUAGUAUUGCGGCUGUUCUCGUGUCGAUCUGUUUCAGAUGUGCUCAGGCUGAGCUGAUCAGAAACCGCCUGCAAAGAAUCCGAGUGAAAGCCGCAAACCUGUGAAGGAAAAGGACUCUGAUGUCAAAGCCUUAAUGUUACCAGUCUGGCUGCCAAAGGGGAAGUGAUUACAUGAGCUAGCCUGGUUAGCAGACUGCAUGUAGGGGUACGGCAAAACAAAGUAUCAUCCGUGUAAAAACCUUGAAUUUCGCUCACCAGAUACGACUCCAAGUCCAGUGACCUCACAGCAGCCAUGUUAUUGGUCACAUGAUGUCAUUAAAGUGCUCCAAAAGGCUCCAACAGCACAAACAUGGUCCAGAGGUCCAGUUCAGGUGAAGCUAGCAGAGAGCUAGCAGCUACAGCCGCCUGUGUCGCCCUCCACCUGCUGCAGAGGUGGGAGUCUAGUGGACAUCAGAGGAACUGCAGCACUGGUUUCAUCUUUCAGCUGAAGAACAAAACACUCGAGCCGCCCAGUUCAGGUUUCCUCUCCAUUUAAAGUGAUGCUUCAAAAAGAAAGAACAGCCAAACAAAAGCUGUGCGUCUUUGGCAGCUUUCUGUUACUCACCAUCAUGGAUUCUGUGUGAGUCAGGUUUGAUGCACUCAUUGUGAAAGUUGUCCUUUCUGCACUGAUUUCCUCCCUGACACGCUGACAACGCCCUGAUGUUUCGUUACAGAGGUGUCAUACAUGCUUACACGACCCACACACUGAAACCUCACUGCGUAUGUCGGGAGUGGCCGUCCCACGCUGCUGCGGCGGUGCACAGUCACACUGGAAACUCCCACUCACUCCCUUUAAGAACAUGCGAGCAGCUAAACCCAGGUUCAUCCGUGUUGUCCAUCACAUUUCCACACAGAAACGCUCCUCAGACCCACUUCUGUUCGGGUGGAUGUCGUCUCAGCUGCAAAGCCUCGGCUGCUCCGUCCACCUGCAGCUUCAGUUUGUUUUAAACCAAUCAGGAGACAACUGGCAUAAAGGGGGAGGGGCAUGUAUUUGGAUAAACAAAGAUGAUUUUGAACCAUGAGUCAUGCAAAGCUGCUCUCAUAGAGUCCAAGAAUAAAAAGAUGGAGCUGGAAGUGAGCAGAGGAGGUGGGGUUUAAACACGCUGUGUUAUCGGAUGAAGCUCCGUGUUGUGUCGUGGUUGCCGUGCGACAGAAUUUUGACAUUUGAAAUUCAGUUGGAGAAAAUGUGAGGUGCAGUCUGGAGAUUCAGGCGCUUCAGCUUUGUGAGUUUAGUUCAGGUCUGAAACGCAGCGAUUCUCUGCUUUGCUUUUCUUUGGGAUAAAUUACUGCUGGCUUACGUCACUUUGACUGUUCACGGCGUUUCUUUGGAAUUUGUUGUGUUUUCUAGGAAGCAGUGUGGCAACUGUAAUUACUUUCAGCUGCUGACAUGAGCAGUGAGGGGGGAGCUGCAGCAUUCAGUCAUCUCCUUUUUAUAUCCUGCUGCAGUGAUUUGGCACGUUUAGCCAGUUUCCUACAAAUGAAACCUCAUUUUCUGCACAAAGUUCACUGACACUGUGUCACUGUGACCUAAUCGCUGCUCCGUGGUGGUGCAGCGGUGCAGGGAGAGGCUCCGGGUUUGAGGAGUCUGCAAACGUGGUGAGGAGGACGUGAUUAACCAAAUGUUGUUCAGGCCCGAGUGGUCUUCUGUUCAACAGGACUCGGUUAGUCGUGGUCGGCCUGUUCCAGCUGUGAUGCCAUUUUAGCCCUUUUAUUUGUUUUUGAGACAUCGUUUUUUAUUUAAAGUGAACAGAAUAUUUGCUGUGAUGGUGGCGAAGUCACACGUUGCUCUCCUCUGUGCUGUGAGUGCAGCACUCCUGUUGGAGAACCAGCCACAAACGUUCAGGCCACAUUUGUCCAAACACUUUCCUGGAAGGAUGUUCAGUUAGCUUCACACGACGCCGUCACUGCAUUAUUUACAUCAGUGUUUCCCUCCCAGAAAUAUUUGCAUAGUUGUGAUGAAAACAGCCUCUCUGCAGGACGACGACCGUCUGCAGCUGUGUGCAGACUCUGCAUCGCAUCCCGACUGUGCUCCGUGUGCAUCAUGUCUCUCAUUGCUGUGCUUGUGUCCAUCGUCUUAGUCCACAAUCAGAUGUGAUGAUUACUGCUUCGUAUAGAAUUAGUGCACAGUCAGCGUGGAAUCUACUUGUUUUGAUGAUGUCACAGUUGCGUUGCUGCUUUAUGUGCUUUGAUUUUGUGUUUUUGGUCAAUUUUAUGCAGCAUCUGUUUCAAACAGCUGUCAGGCUGAUUUUCAGAGAGUGAAAUAAAUUCAGAUUUAGCAGCUUUCUGAACGGAGAGCACACGCAGACGCAGAAACAUGUCGAAAAUGGCUCGUUGGUUCUGAGUCGGCCUGGAAAGAAAGGCUGUAAUACAGGGAGAUGACACUGGGACGUAACAGGUGUGUAAUCUAUUACAUAUUCUUCUUUACUUUGUAGUAAGUUUUUUGUUUUGUUUAUUUCCUCCCUGUGAAAGAUAAUUAAUUACAUCACCCAUUACAUUAAAUUAAAGUGGACUCGCCUGUUCUGUUAAAAAGUUUAGCUACCUAUCACAGCCUGUAUAUAAAAGAUGGAUUUUGUAACACUGCCAAAUGUUUUUAGAGCCAGAAGUGACCGUGCUUACAGGAGAAGGUGCUCUGCUAAGUUAUUAGCUAAUGCUAGCCAGCCAGGUUAGCAGUCUGCAUCCACAGACAACAAAUACCUGCUGAUCACUGAAAUCACAUUAAAAACCUGGAAUUUCACUCGGUAAAACUGGAGUUCAGUUUUGUUGGACAGUAACCUCACAGCUGAGAUUUGAUUGGUCAGAUAAUCAUUAAAAAGCUCCAACAGCACAAACACAGUCCAGAGGUCAGUUCAGGUGAAGCCUAGCAGCCAGCUAGCAGCUACAGCCGCCUGUGUCCUCGUCCUAUCAGGAGGAGAAUGUGUUUGUUCUGCUGUGUGAGUCUCUGGGGGCGGGCUCACUGCUGGAGCCUCUGCUGGACAUUAGAGGGACUGCAGCCUGUGUUGAUGUUUACUUCUGUUGGAGCAGUCGGUCACAUGUCGGUGACUAUGGAUGAGUUUACAGCACUGUUUUCACUCUGUGACACACACACUGUACAUUUCUGUUGGUUAUUCAUUUCUUUGAAACACAAAUAAGGUUUAAAAUCCUUUAAUGUUCAUAUCGAUGUGAAUCUGAAUCUGUGUGCUGUGUUCUUUUUGCUUCUGUUGGGGAGAUGAACACUUUUCUACACUCGUAUGUUUUAUGGGCCGAGCGGCUCAUACAGACUGUUUGAAUCCAGCUCGGCUCUGAAGUCCUCAGGUCCCUCGCUGCAUCUGGAGACAAAGAAAAUAAUUUCACAGUUUAUCAGCCAUUAAUUUUGCAUCUGUUGUGUUUGUAUUUCUGCUUGCGCUGUGGCGAACGUGUCGAUUUGUGGACAUAAAGUUGUCGAGCUGUG